AUGUGUACUAGAGUACAUCCACAGGGGCACCGCCCUCCAUUCAUCCUUGCUUUAACAUUUUGCCUUGUGGCAGCAGCUACUGUGGUUGCUGAUCAUGAACCUUAUGAAUAUUCUUCUCCACCUCCACCAAAGCACCCUAAGUACACACAUUCUCCUCCUCCUUACUAUUACAACUCACCACCUCCUCCAUCUCUUACUCCUCCGCCACCAUCUCCCUCACCCCCACCUCCUUACUAUUACAAGUCUCCACCUCCACCAUCUCCUAGUCCCCCACCACCAUACUACUACAAGUCUCCACCUCCUCCCUCUACUAGUCCCCCACCGCCUUACUACUACAAAUCUCCACCUCCACCCUCACCAAGUCCUCCGCCACCAUACUAUUACAAGUCACCACCUUACUACUAUGAUUCACCACCUCCACCAUCUCCUAGUCCCCCACCACCAUACUACUACAAAUCUCCACCUCCACCAUCUCCCUCACCACCACCUCCAUACUAUUACAAGUCUCCACCUCCACCCUCACCGAGUCCCCCACCACCAUACUACUACAAAUCACCACCUCCACCAUCUCCCUCACCACCACCUCCAUACUAUUACAAGUCUCCACCUCCACCCUCUCCUAGUCCCCCGCCACCAUAUUACUACAAGUCAACGCCCCCACCAUCUCCAUCACCACCACCACCUUACUAUUACAAGUCACCUCCACCUCCUUCACCUAGUCCACCACCUCCGUACUACUACAAGUCACCACCUCUACCAUCUCCUAGUCCACCACCUCCAUACUACUACAAGUCUCCACCACCUCCUUCUCCGUCACCACCACCACCUUAUUAUUAUAAGUCACCCCCUCCACCAUAUACUCAUUACUAGUCACCUAUCCUCAAGUGAAAUCUGCACCUUAUUACUACCAUACAUCAUCAACACUUUUUAAGCUAA